GAAGGUGUCUGUUCCCAUCUCAUUUCCACAUGAUGACCUAUCUAAUAAUGUAUCACUGGAAUUUUUAAAAAUGAGACCUUGAGGAUGCAGUACCGCUACUUGGACUUGCGUAGCACAGUGAUGCAGUACAACCUACGGUUGCGGUCCCAGAUGGUGAUGAGAAUGCGGGAAUAUCUCUGCCACAGGAACGGAUUUGUGGAUGUGGAAACUCCUAUGUUGUUCAAGAAGACUCCAGGGGGUGCGAAGGAAUUCGUGGUCCCCUCACGCGAAGCUGGGAAGUUUUACUCGCUACCUCAGAGUCCUCAGCAGUUUAAGCAGCUACUGAUGGUUGGAGGUCUAGACAGGUACUUCCAAGUUGCUCGCUGCUUCCGAGAUGAAGGUUCAAAACCAGAUCGGCAGCCUGAAUUUACUCAGAUUGAUAUCGAGAUGUCAUUUGUAGACCAAGCUGGGGUUCAGGCUUUAACGGAGGGCUUGCUCCAGUAUUCCUGGCCUGAGGAAAAGGGACCUGUCACCGUCCCCUUCCCUUCCAUGAGCUAUGAUGAGGCAGUGGCAAUUUUUGGAACUGAUAAGCCAGAUACACGCUUUGGAAUGAAGAUUCAAGACGUCAGCCAUGUGUUCAGGAAUGUGGAAGUUGGAUUCCUGCAGAAAUUCCUCAGCGAGCCCCAAGGCACUGUCAGGGCCAUUUGCAUCCCCCAGGGCGCGAAAUAUCUUCAGAAUAAAGAUCUGGACUCGUUAAAUGAAUUGACGGAAUCCCAGUUUGACCAGGGUCUUUCGCAUUUGAUUUUGAGGUCUGAUGGGAGCAUGAAGUCCCGACUCAGUAAAUUUCUGAACGAGGAGCAAAAGCUGGGUCUCGUCAGAGCUGUUCAGGCCGACGUGGAUGAUGUGGUGUUGCUGGCAGCUGGCAAACCUCAGAAAGUGUGUUUUGCGUUGGGAAAAGCGCGCUUGGAGAGUGCUAACCUUCUGGAGGCACGAGGCCUGUCACUUCGCGAUCCCUCUGCUUUCCAUUUUCUGUGGGUGGUGGAUUUCCCACUUUUCCUCCCAAAGGAAGGAAACCCCAAGGAAUUGGAAUCUGCUCACCAUCCUUUCACUGCACCCAAUGCCUCUGACAAGCACCUCCUCUACACAGAGCCUGCAAAGGUUCGUGGUCAGCACUAUGAUCUAGUGCUGAAUGGCAAUGAGAUUGGAGGUGGCUCCAUUCGAAUUCACGAUGCAGAGCAGCAACAGUUCAUUCUUGAAACGGUGCUGAAGGAAAACACAGAGCUGCUGUCUCACCUCCUUGAAGCUCUGGCCUGUGGAGCACCUCCACAUGGAGGAAUCGCACUAGGACUUGACCGACUGAUGUCCCUCCUAGUUGGUGCACCAAGUAUUCGAGAUGUCAUUGCCUUCCCUAAAUCCCUCCGAGGAAGAGAUCUGAUGAGUAACUCUCCAAAUUAUGUGGCCUCAGAAGAACUGGAGCCAUACCAUAUCCAGGUCGCAUGGCCUUUGACUCAAGCCAGGGAGAGCACGGAUUUCAGCUAACAGGUUCUGGGGCCACCUGUACGCCGGCCUUUGUUCUCCACCAGUAUCACAGCCGCUCUAGCAAUUAUGCAUCAGGCAGAGGACUUAAAUCGAUUUAGGGGGCCUUCUCAGAUUGCAGCAUCUACCACUGCUGCUUCCUUCUGCUGAGGAGUCGCGCCUCAUAUUUUAAAUACUAGGACAAAAUUCUGAUUGAAGAAACCAUGUGGAGAUGGAACUUGUUAAAAUAGAAUUCAUAUUUUGCUACAUGGGAUUCAAAUUUCAGUAGUUUUGUGCAUGCAUCUGAAAUGUGAAUAAAAAUGAAACUUAAAUUACAGUAUUAUUACA